CGUAGACGUUGUACGCCGGCAUUAUAAAACAUGUUUGUCUGACGUCAGCGUUCUCUUCCCUGCCUCGGCCCUCGUGUGGUGGGCAGUGUAAAAUUUCGUAUCUGCUUUCUCCACCGAGCGAAUCCAAAACCAUCCGUCAAAAUGGUAAACUUUACAGUCGACCAGAUCCGUGCCAUCAUGGACAAGAAGGCCAACAUCCGUAACAUGUCUGUGAUUGCGCACGUUGAUCAUGGCAAGUCCACCUUGACUGACUCCCUGGUGUCGAAGGCCGGCAUUAUCGCUUCAGCUCGUGCUGGAGAGACACGCUUCACAGACACACGAAAGGAUGAGCAAGAGCGCUGUAUUACCAUCAAGUCUACUGCCAUCUCCAUGUUCUACGAGUUGAGUGAAAAUGACUUGGCCUUCAUCAAGCAAUCUAAGGAUGGCUCUGGCUUCUUGAUCAACCUGAUUGACUCACCUGGACAUGUGGACUUCUCUUCUGAGGUGACUGCUGCUCUCCGUGUUACUGACGGCGCUCUAGUGGUGGUCGACUGCGUGUCUGGUGUGUGCGUCCAGACGGAAACAGUGCUCCGUCAGGCCAUUUGUGAGCGCAUCAAGCCAGUCCUGAUGAUGAACAAGAUGGACCGUGCCUUGUUGGAGCUCCAACUUGAAGCAGAGGACCUUUACCAAGCGUUCCAGCGUAUUGUUGAGAAUGUCAACGUCAUCAUUUCCACCUAUGGUGAACAGGAGAAUGGUCCCAUGGGCAACAUCCAGAUUGAGCCAGUCAAAGGUACUGUUGGCUUUGGCUCUGGCCUCCAUGGAUGGGCUUUCACCCUGAAGCAGUUUGCUGAGAUGUAUGCUGCAAAGUUUGCUGCCAAGGGUAACACCCAGAUGUCUCCAGUUGAGCGCUGCAAGAAAGUGGAAGACAUGAUGAAGAAGCUGUGGGGUGACAGGUUCUUCGACCCUGACACUGGAAAGUUUUCUAAGUCUUCUGUGGGACCUGAUGGCAAGAAGAUCCCUCGCAGCUUUGUGCAGCUUGUCCUUGAUCCCAUCUACAAGGUGUUUGAUGCAAUCAUGAACUUCAAGAAGGAAGAGACUGCCAAACUGAUUGAGAAGCUGGAAAUCAAGUUGGAUACUGAAGACAAGGACAAAGAGGGCAAACCUCUUCUGAAGGCUGUCAUGCGUCGCUGGCUCCCAGCUGGAGAGGCUCUCCUCCAGAUGAUCACCAUCCAUCUUCCUUCCCCUGUCACGGCCCAGAAGUACCGUUGUGAGCUUCUCUAUGAAGGACCGGACGAUGAUGAAGCUGCCAUUGGUAUCAAAAAUUGUGACCCCAAGGGUCCUCUUAUGAUGUACAUCUCCAAGAUGGUACCUACUAGUGACAAGGGGCGCUUCUAUGCUUUUGGCCGUGUGUUCUCUGGAUGCGUUUCCACUGGUCUUAAAGUACGCAUCAUGGGACCCAACUUUGUUCCUGGAAAGAAAGACGACCUGUAUUUAAAACCUAUUCAGAGGACCAUUCUGAUGAUGGGUCGUUACACUGAGCCCAUUGAAGAUGUACCCUGUGGAAACAUUGUGGGUCUGGUUGGUGUGGAUCAAUUUCUGGUCAAGACUGGGACCAUCACCACCUUUGAGCAUGCGCACAACAUGAAGGUGAUGAAGUUUAGCGUCAGCCCUGUGGUGAGAGUUGCUGUGGAAGCCAAAAAUCCAGCUGACCUCCCCAAGCUGGUGGAGGGCCUGAAGCGUCUGUCCAAGUCUGACCCCAUGGUGCAGUGCAUCAUUGAAGAGUCUGGCGAGCACAUCAUUGCUGGAGCUGGAGAGCUACAUCUGGAGAUCUGCCUCAAAGAUCUUGAGGAGGAUCACGCUUGUAUCCCACUGAAGAAAUCUGAUCCUGUGGUGUCCUACAGAGAGACUGUUCAAUCAGAGUCAAGUGUGAUGUGUCUGUCAAAGUCCCCCAACAAGCACAACCGGCUGUUUAUGAAGGCCCGUCCCUUUGAAGACGGUUUGGCCGAAGACAUUGAGAAGGGUGAGGUCACUGCACGUCAGGAGAUGAAGGUCCGUGCCCGCUACCUUGCUGACAAAUUUGACUGGGAUGUUGCCGAGUCAAAAAAGAUUUGGUGCUUUGGACCUGAUGGAACCGGCCCCAACCUGUUGGUCGAUGUGACUAAGGGUGUGCAGUACCUUAAUGAGAUCAAGGACAGCGUUGUUGCUGGCUUUCAGUGGGCUGUCAAGGAGGGUGUCCUCUGUGAAGAGAACAUGCGUGCUAUCCGUUUUGAUAUCCAUGAUGUCACCCUACAUACAGAUGCUAUUCAUCGUGGUGGUGGUCAAAUUAUACCCACUGCUCGCAGAGUUCUGUAUGCUUGUGAACUUACAGCUGAGCCUAGAAUGAUGGAGCCAGUCUACUUGGUGGAGAUCCAGUGUCCCGAGGCAGCAAUGGGUGGAAUCUAUGGUGUGUUGACAAAGAGGCGUGGUCACGUCUUUGAUGAAUCCAGUGUCAUGGGCACACCCAUGCGUGUUAUCAAGGCCCAUCUGCCUGUCAAUGAGUCUUUUGGUUUCACCGCUGACCUUCGUUCCAACACCGGUGGCCAGGCCUUUCCCCAGUGUGUCUUUGACCAUUGGCAGAUCCUUCCGGGAGACCCUAAGGAUCCUACUUCCAAGCCCGGUAUUGUGGUUGCUGAUACCCGUAAACGCAAGGGUCUUAAGGAAGGAAUCCCAGCCUUGGACAACUACCUGGACAAAUUGUAAUAUCCUGGACCACUGUUUUUGGCUUUUUUUGCCUCAUUCCUCCAACAAUUUUAGUCCACAUUGUGGGACCGGACUGUACAGAACACAGUGAGCACUAAAGUUUGCCAAAAGGAUUGACAUAUAAUGGAUAAACUACAAAAAUUGUAAACUAAUAAAAGGAAAUAAACCCUG